AUCGAUAAAUUCCCAGCGUGUUGUUGCAGCGUCAUUCUAUUUGAAUGAAGUUCAGACUGUACUCAACCAGCAGCCAAGUCGUUCGCGCCCCCAGCGGACUGAAAACAGGACAAAAAGAACACUUCGGCACCUAACAGCUUGCCAAGCAUGCCUGUGUUUUCAGUCAAUGUUAAAUGGGGCAAAGAGAAGUUUGAUGCCGUGGAGCUCAACACUGAAGAGCCACCCAUGGUGUUCAAGGCUCAGCUCUUUGCCCUGACAGGAGUGCAGCCGGACAGACAGAAGGUGAUGGUGAAGGGAGGCACUCUCAAGGACGACGAGUGGGGUAACAUAAAACUGAAAAAUGGGAUGACUUUGUUGAUGAUGGGAUCAGCAGAGGCUCUGCCUGAGGAGCCUGCCGUCAGACCCAUGUUUGUCGAAGACAUGACUGACGAACAGCUGGCCUCAGCUAUGGAUGUUCCUUGCGGGCUGACCAAUCUUGGAAAUACCUGCUACAUGAACGCUACCGUGCAGUGUCUGCGCUCUGUGCCUGAGCUCAAAACUGCACUCAGAAAGUAUUCGGGUGCGCUGCGCUCUUCAGGGCCCAACUUGUCUUCACAGUACAUCACUGCUGCUCUGCGUGACUUGUACGAGACUAUGGACAAAACCUCGUCCAGCUUGCCUCCCAUCAUCCUUCUGCAGUUUCUCCACAUGGCCUUCCCGCAGUUCGCAGAGAAAGGAGAUCAGGGUCAAUAUCUCCAGCAGGAUGCAAAUGAAUGUUGGCUGCAAAUGAUGAGAGUUCUUCAGCAGAAGCUGGAGCCACUAGAGCCCGAGACUCCCAUGGAGACUGACUCUGAAAGCGGUGCCGCUUCUGCCUCCACAAAGAAAAAUUUUAUUGAUCAGUAUUUUGGUGUCGAGUUUGAGACAACCAUGAAAUGCACAGAGUCUGAUGAAGAGGAGCCAAUCAAGGGCAAAGAAAGUCAGCUUCAGCUCAGCUGCUUCAUCAAUCAGGAAGUCAAGUAUCUGGCCACGGGUUUGAGGCUGAGGCUUCAGGAAGAAAUCACCAAGAUGUCGACCACCUUGGACAGAAAUGCUCUUUACAUUAAAUCUUCAAAGCUGAGUCGUCUUCCUGCCUAUCUGACAGUACAGAUGGUUCGCUUCUACUACAAGGAAAAAGAGUCCGUAAACGCCAAAGUGCUCAAGGACGUGAAGUUCCCUCUGAUGCUGGAUGUGUAUGAGCUGUGUACAGCCGAGGUGCAGGAGAGCAUGCUACCUGCCAGGUCAAAGUUCAAAGAGAUGGAGGACAAGAAGCUGGAGAAGCAGCAGCAAAAGCCCAAACAAGUGACUAAGAAGGAAGGCACAACCAAGGAGGUGAAAUUUGAGCCUUUCUCGUUCCCUGACGACAUAGGCUCCAACAACAGCGGUUAUUACGACCUACAGGCGGUACUGACGCAUCAAGGCCGCUCCAGCUCGUCCGGUCACUACGUGGGCUGGGUCAAGAGGAAAGAAGACGAGUGGGUGAAGUUUGAUGACGACAAGGUGAGCGUGGUGUCGCCGGAGGACAUCCUGCGGUUGUCGGGCGGCGGCGACUGGCACAUCGCAUACGUUCUACUCUAUGGCCCGCGGAGGCUGGAGAUACUGGAAGAUGAUGAACAGUAGCCCCCACACCUCCGUGGGACGGAGGACGCCUUCCUCCAGUUUGCCAUUUCCCAAAAAACGCACUGUUUGCAUAAGCCGUGCAAUAAAACUGGUGUCUUAUUGGAUCACGUCAAAUAUUUGUUUUCCUGUAAGGUGUUUAAAUUUAAACCAUCGUGAGCUUAAGAAAAAGGACUGUGUCCGAUUAUGACGCUGCUAAUGUUUUAUAUGCGUCAUGUUUUUAAGUUGCUUAUGAGCAGCUGUUUUCACUUGCUUGGUUUGCGUUUGUUCCUCUGUUCCACAGCAGGGUGGACAACCUAUACUAAUAUAGCACAGUGUACAUUGAAUCGCCAUGUUAGCUGCUCAGUUAAUUUUGGGGAAAACUUUUCUCCAUGGCUGAAAAACUAUUUGCUUGUUAUGCUCAGGUCAAUUGAGUGGCGUUUCAAGUAAUGGGGAACCACCAUAUUGUGAUAAUGGAAAUUAAGCCCUUACUGAUUUGUCCUGUUCAUAGUGGAGUAAAUUUGUUUUAAAAUGACCUUAUUGGAUUUGUGCCCACUUUAGCUAAGGUCACGCAUGCACCAAAAGAUGUCUUCAAUGCAUAUUUUUAGAAAGUGAGAGGAAGUGUGUACAGACCACGCAGGAAAGCCAGAUAAUGAACAGUGAAUCUCAAAAUUGCAGUGCUGAAUCAUUUCUGCCUGAUCUCCUAGUUCAAAGGGACAGGACAUCUAUCGCUGUCAAUAGAAUAUUAGUGUCUGAUGCCAAAUGGUCCCGACCAGUAGCAUAAAGGUUGUCCACAGCUGCUCUAGAACAUCUGCCAAAUGUCUUUCCUUUGGACCGUUAAGAGCGAUCAGUUGAGCCGUGUUGGUUUCAAGUCUUAAUGUGUACUAAAACUAAAAAUGCAUCCGUUUUGUUUCUGUGAGCACAUUUUGUGCUUCAUAUCCACUCCUGUUCUAAGUUAUUGGCUGAUGGCUUUUCAUAAGUGCUGCAAAUAAAAAAAGUGAAUGCCA